AUGGAUUGGACGGUGGGGUCGAUUGUGUGGGUGAGGAGGAGGAACGGCUCGUGGUGGCCAGGGAGGAUACUUGGACAAGAUGAUCUUGAUUCUACUCAUAAUAAUAUCACUUCUCCACGAUCUGGAACUCCGGUGAAGCUUCUUGGGAGAGAGGAUGCAAGUGUGGAUUGGUACAAUUUGGAGAAGUCUAAGAGAGUGAAGCCGUUUAGGUGUGGGGAUUUUGAUGAGUGUAUUGAGAAGGUGGAAACUUCGCAAGGGUUGACAGUUAGGAAGAGAGAGAAGUAUGCUCGUAGAGAAGAUGCUAUUCUCCAUGCUCUUGAGCUUGAGAAGGAGAUUUUGAAAAAGGAAGUGAAAGUAGAAACUGGUAGGGCUAGGGGUGAGGGUGACUCUCCUGAUGAUGGAGAUAAGAAGAGAAUGGUUGUUUCUAAUGGGACUUGUGACCAUGUUGGUGAUGAUGCUAUGCAUUUGCAUAAAGAUAAAGUGGAAGAUGAGCCGAGUUGUGAGGACGAGGAGCAACCUCGAAUGAGAGGGUUGAUGGAGUUUGGGUUAAGAACCACCUCUUCUAAGCGGAAGUUUUCAUCUUCUAAUGGUCCUGAUACUACUUCCUUCAAGUCUCUGGUUAGAAGCAACUCGUCAGCUUCUUCUAGUGGAGAUCAUAGCAUGGAGAGGCCCGGUUAUAUCCUCGGGAAGGAGAAGACUAGGAAUUCGAUGGAGGCUAAAAGGACUAAGUAUAUGUUUGCACCAAAUGAAUCUAAUGAUGUUUUAGAUCGGCAUGAGAGUUUGCUAGGCCACAGGGAGGCAAUGCGUUAUUCCUUUGCUGGUGGCGAUUCUCGAUAUUCGCUUUCAGAAUAUGACCCUCCUGAUUUUUUGCAAGAUAUUGAAUAUGUUUCUUCUGAAUCCGAAACUGAUUCUUCUGAUAUGGAUGAGGAUACUGAUGAUGACAUUCACUUGCUGUCAGGAGCUGGGCGUCAUUCAGAGCAACACAAUACUUUUAGUAGACACAUGUCAGCAGAAGAUGAAAGCACCAGUAGCGAGGAAGAUUGUUAUGAGUCAUCCAUUUCUGGCGACUCUUAUCAUCUUUAUUCCCAAGAUCCUGAUAAUGGAGCUGGUACGGUUUCCAAGUGGCCGCUCAAGGGAAAAAGAAACAUGCGUAAUCUUCCAAGAAGGUCUACACGCAGGAGGGAAAUGCACCGUUAUCAUCUGGAAGAUGGAAGAUAUUCUGAAUACAAGAGAAGAGCAUUUGGCCAAAAACCUAUGGGUUAUGGAUUAGAUUCUAGUGGGACAAAUGAUAUGAGUGAUGGAACUGAUGACACUGAUCCCAACGAAAGACAGUUUGGGGAUAGAAUGAUUGGACUAGGUGAUGAUGAGUAUCGGCUGUCAACUAUGUUUGCAUCCGAGUCUAAGAACAUCUACAGCCAUGACAUGCUGGACUGGGAUGAUGAUCCUUGGGCAGGCCAGAUUGGUUUGAAGAAACGAUGGGAAGGAAAACUUGAAGGUUCAGAUGCUUCUCAUCGACAUAUUGGAAGAAAAACGUAUUCUCCAGUGACGGAUGUGGAUGUAGAAGUACAAGGAAGCUAUCGGAAAGGGCCUGUCCCAUUUGUCUCCCUUAUGAGUAAGUUAAAUGGCAGAGCAAUAACUGGACAUCCGGUCGAAGUCGAAGUCUUGGCCGAUAGUUCCUCUGAGAGAUAUUGUCAGACAACUGAGUACUUUGGUAAUGAAACAACUUACCAUGAGAAACCCUUGUUACUCCCCCCUGCUUGGAAGACUGCAAAGAGGAGCAGUUCACGCACUCCACGGCUGCAUCGGUUAUCAUCAUCGCUUGAAGCCGAUGGUGAGGAUCUUUCUCCAGCAGAUCAGGGACGAAAACCACUGCUAAGGAAACUUGGUUCGGGAAACUUUAGUAAUGAUGAUAACUCAGUGAGGAGAAGCAAUCUAAUGGGCAUUCCACGACCACCUGGAGAAAGAAAGAAGCUGCUGAAGAACACAAACGCAACCCCUAGUCAAAAGACAAGAGCACUAUCGUCAUUCAGCAGCGAACAAGCACUACAUGGGAUAAAGGCGUUGGGGGAUCGAACUCACGAGCUCUCUAACAGACAGGUGUUAACGGGACCACCAACUGUGGCCUGCAUACCGGUCAAACUAGUGUUUAGCAGAUUACUUGAGAAAAUAAAUAGACCGUCAUCAAAACCAACCCUGAAAGCCUUCAACGAGAGAAGAGAUCAAUAACAAGAGCUCUCUACUCAAAGCCAAAACGAGAUUUACAGGUACAAAACAUAUGAUGGCUCUUUUUGAGGAACCAUCAGGCUUUUGUUAUGUGAUGGCUCUGAGGGA